AUAGGAUAAUACAUUUCAUUAAAUCCCUGCAGUAAGAAAACUCUCAUUAGGUAAUAAGUUAUGAGGUCUUUCGGAAAUAUGGUUUCUCAGCAUGAAUUUACACUUUUAAUAAAACCCUACAAGCCUCACUGGAUCACAUUAAAUCAACAUUUAAAGUACAUUUUAAAGGUUAAUAAGUAAAUGCUUCAUUAACUUUUUUAAUAUAGACUAUUUGUUUUAUAUUUCAAUGUAUUAAUAAAAAUAGAUGCUAGAAAUAACUAACAUUCUAACCUGGGUACUAAGAUUAGGUAGGUGUUAAACACAAAUGGGUGUGAUUGGUAGCCACUGACAGAUGGUGAGCUGUUAUUUGUCAGUCUUGCUUUGUGGUCCACAUGGUGUCAAAAAAUGUCACUCUGAACCCACAAACCUGCAUUUGUCACCUAUCCUUUUGUUAAGACCUUAAAUCUGGAAAAAAACACUGUCUGGUCCAAUAUCCCAUGCAAACAAAACAAAAAUUACACAAAGAAUUGUUUCAUUUUACCCAAAGUGCCUUAGGUUAAGUUUAAACAGAAUCCACUCUAAAAAAUGUUGGGUUGAUUUUAACCCAGGGCUGGGUAACUAUUGGACAAAACACAUUUCUGGGUUAAAAUGACCCAAAUAAUGGGUUGUUUUUACCCAACUGCUGGGUUGACCUUAAACACAUAUUGAACAACAAAUGUACACAUGUGCACAAAUUUGCUAGUUUGCAUACAUAUAAAUAUUAAAGCUUCUAUUGCCAAGAGAAAUGUAUUGUGAAUGUGAGGAAACAUGACUAAUGAUUUUUUUUAUAUUUGCUGUAAAAAUGUAGCCUAUUGCUGCCGUAUAUUUUUAGUUAUAAUCAAAUUGACUAUAGUCAUUUCAGCUUCAUAUUUUUAAUAUUGGCUAGUAGUCUAAUGAGUUGCUGUAACUUUUUAGUUUAAAUAGCUUAACUUAUUCUGAUUAAAACUAUUUCAAUGAUUUACUGAUCACAUAAUUUUUUUUACCCUGUGAGUUGUGCAGUUGUUCCGAUAUAAACACAAAAUGCUAGCUAGACUUAACAGGCUGCAAAAACAUAAGGAAGCCGUUUGUAAACGCAGUUCACACCUUUAGCCCUGAAAAAGGGGUGACAAAAGUGAGCGAGCACCAUUUGGCGUUUUCGAGCAAGACCAUUGGAUGAUCUGAGCUCUUAUUUGCAUAAACCACAGACUUAUAUUCAGUAAUGGCAAACACUUUGGUGAUAACUACUGAGAGGAAACCUGAACACAACAGAAACCCUGCACUGGAUGGCGUAUUAAUAGGCUACAAUCUCCUAUAAACAUGGAGGCAAGAAAGAUAUUAGUUAGUCUUAGUUUAGUUGUUGUUACUCUCUGGACAGUGAGUGGCACAACCAUCAAAUAUUAUACAAACGAAGAAGCCACACCAGGAACUUUCAUAGGCAACUUAUCUCUGGAUCUGAAAAUCAACACAUCCGAAGAACUGAACACAAUAUUCCGUUUCAUGCAGGAGGAGAAAUCCAUCAACAUGCGAAAGCGCGACGGGUGUUUGACGGUGGCAGGACGCAUAGACCGGGAAAGCCUGUGCCGAAGAUCUCCGGUAUGCCUCAUCAACUUUGACGUUGUCGUGGUCUCCAAUGAAAAGUUUCACCUUGUUCACGUCGAAAUCCAAGUGAGGGACAUUAACGACAACGCUCCCCGGUUUGCGCGUGACGAGAUACAACUCGAGAUCCCCGAGAACGCGGCCGUGGGCACGAAGUUCCCGUUAGAAGCUGCGAAGGACUUGGACGUGGGAAACAACAGUGUCCGAGAUUACAGUCUAUUUCACAACAGCCAUUUCGUUAUCGAGACAAAGACUGGGGAGGAGGGCUUUGCGUACCCCGAACUCAUUUUGGUAAAAGAACUUGACAGUGAGGCUGAAGACACUUACACCCUUAAAAUUACGGCGAGUGAUGGCGGAAAUCCUCCGAAGGUGGGAUCGGUAACGGUCACCGUAAACGUUUUGGAUUCAAACGACAACAGUCCUCGCUUUGAAAUAAACUCCCCUAAAGUUGAGCUUCACGAGGACGCGCCUAUCGGGCAUCUUUUGCUUAAACUCUACGCGUUUGAUCCAGACCGCGGCGUGAAUGGUGACGUGCGUUACAGUUUCAUGAAUGGGGUCCCCGAUGAAAUCCAGGACACCUUUGCCAUUGACUCGUUUACCGGUGCGGUGACCCUUAAAUCUCCCGUAGACUACGAGACGAGAAAAUCUUACGAGCUGAAUGUGCACGCAUACGAUUUGGGUGUUAACUCUAUCCCGUCCCCUUGCAAAGUCACCGUCGAAAUUGUAGACGUCAACGACAACCCUCCAAAAAUCCACAUUAAACCGAUGGCAUCCACGAGCGAGGGCGUGGCUUACAUCACGGAGGCGGCAGCGGUGGAGAGUUUCGUCGCUCUCAUCAGCACCACGGACAGGGACUCCGGGAGCAACGGGCGCAUGCGCGUCAGGCUAAAUGGCCACGAACAUUUUCAACUUAAAGAGGCUUAUGGUGACACUUUUAUGAUCGUCACGACAGCUCAUCUUGAUAGAGAAAAGAUUCCUGAAUACAAUAUGACCAUUAUUGCUGAAGAUUUGGGUUCUCCGCCUUUCAUCACUUCAAGACAGUUCACUAUUAGAGUAAGCGACGAAAACGACAACGCACCACUGUUUAGUAAAACAGUUUAUGAAAUUUCAAUCAUGGAAAACAAAGGACCAGGUGCUUAUAUUGCCACGUUAGUUGCUCGUGAUCCAGAUGCGGGUGCAAAUGGACUUGUGACCUACAAACUUAUUGGCAAUGAGUUUGAUGGAGCUCCACUAAACUCUUAUGUUUCAGUGGACUCCACUACUGGCUCUUUAUACACCCUCAAAUCUCUUGAUUAUGAAGAUCUGAAGCAGAUAGAUUUGGUUAUCGAGGCUACAGAUGGCGGCUCACCUCCUCAUUCAAACACAGCUCUUGUGAAAGUCAAAAUAGUGGAUGAAAAUGACAAUGCUCCUUUUAUUUCUCACCCUGUUUUGGUCGACGGCUCUGCAGAUGUGCCUUUACCCUACAAUGCUCCAGCUGGUUAUGUUGCACUUGCAGUUAAAGCUCACGACAUGGAUGAUGGUGUGAACAGUAAGCUUUCUUUCAGCCUGCUGGAAGACAACGAAAGGAUGUUUUUUAUAAACAAAACUACAGGUGUGAUUGUGCUGAAAUACAGUUUGAGUCAUAAACAAGGAGACUCUUUAGAGAUUAAAGUGAUGGUCACUGAUGGCGGGAGGACACCUUAUUCUUGCACCGCCACUAUACGCUUCGUGGUCACAGAGGAAGAGCUAUCUGAUGAACAUUUAGUUGUAUCUUUUGACAUGAACGAUGUGGAAAAAAGUGAAGAAGAGAGGACAAACCUCAAUGCUUCCCUUAUCAUUAUAGUUCUUCUCGCAGCCGGUUGCACAUUCUUAUUGGUUGCCAUUAUUGCAGUUGCUUUCUCACGCAGACCAACUCAAUCAUACUUUGAGAAGAAUAAUGGAUUGGAAAGAGUCAUUGUUAAGAAUCCGGUCUCGGCAAACAGUAUUGACUCAUCUGAUUCCAACAGUUUUCAUGAAUCUGGUGCUACAGUCACUGAACAGAUGUCCUCUACAAGAGAUGAUUCAUCUUAUGAGGAGCAUAGUCACGAUUCAGACAGCAAGGUGUUCCAGCCCCUUUUAAAAAGGACACAUUUGGAUUCUGUUGCUAUGUGGCAAGGUGACCGCCACAGCCAGCACAUAAGCAGGAUUCGAACUGUUGAUCAGACAAGCAUAAAGGACAGUGGAAAAGGUGACAGUGAUAUCAAUGACACAGACUCCAAUUUCAGUGGAGAUGCAGACCCAAGAAUUUCUAGUAGUGGACAUCGACGAGUUAUGAAUUCAGUCUGUUCUGCACCACUUGGUGGACUGGGCCCAGAAACAAAGGGAAUCUCUACACACAGCUUCGGUGGAUACAAAAUAGCCUACCGGACAUCAAUGUGCAACUAUUACUCCACCAAUCAUCGUCCAAUUCCUCCUGCCCACCCCAGAGCACCUGGACAUUUUCUAGAUCCUGUGUCAUGUACAAUUGGGACCAUUUCACCAGAUUACUACAAUCAGCACCACAAUCCCCAUUCAUACCUGGGAAGACUACCACAAAUCAUUCCAGAGGAUUUAGUGGAGGUCACUUCAACACCAUCAGCAACCACUUUUUAAGAGACUGAUCAUCCCAAAGCAGCCAUUAAAUACAGACUGACCAAAC